AUGUCGCUCCCAUGGGUGGAUGAGUUGAAGAAGAUCAUCAAAGAUGAGGAGAUGCAGAUUAACCAGAAAGCCUCAAGAGCUAUGAAUGUGCUCAAGAGUGCAGGCUUGGCUUACAAUGCCAAGCUGAGGCCCAAUCAGAUCCUGGUUCAUGUUGCCAACCGGGGUGGUCAAAUGGUUAACCCCCAUGAUGUGGUAGCCAAAGGCCAGCAGAUCUCAGCUGUUGGAUGGGACUUGAACAAGGUUCGGCAAUCUGUGGCAAUUGAACUGCCUCAUGAUGGGGACAAGAGAAGUGCAGUGAUUGCAGCAAAUGAAAAACUGGCUGACCAAAGCUCAGGCAUGUUGGCAAGACCUUUUGGAGAAGAGCGGUAUUGCAGCCUGAGUUCUUCCCACUUGACAGCAUUCCUGAGGUGCUUGGAAAGUGGCUGCAGGAUGGGCAAUGACCAGCUGUCCAUGGAGCAGCUCAUGGCACAAGGAGGCGACCUACAGGAGAUGGUGCAAAGUGGAUGGCAGUGGACAAUUAUUUCAGCCAAGGCUGAGGAAGAGUGUCCAUCUCUUCCUGGUUUGCUUCAGCAGGCCUACAACAGUGACCAUGGUAUUGUGAAGCCUCCUACAGAAUUGGAGGUUGCCAUGACCAUUGCGCAGCACUAUGAGCUACAAGCUCCUGGGCAGAAAGACUUGGACAAAGCUGUGCAGCAGGCAGCCUCCAGCUUUCCACCUUGCAAGGCCUACAUCAAAUGCAUUGGUGACUUUGUUUCCAGGUUUGCUGGAGGAGAGAGCUUCAAGCUGCUGAAAUAUCUUGAUUUCAUUUGCAAGCAAUAUGGUGGCUCCAACAUGCUGGGUGAAGAAUUCUGUUCUGCAGUUGCCUACACAGAUUGGAAGCUUAGUGGCACCACCCUACCCUUCUUGAGGGUGGCCUUAUGUGCAGUGCAGAUUACAGCGCCCCAGCAACAGGUGAGAAAUUCAAUUUCAAAAAUGAUCAGCAAAGCUGACAUCGACAAGUUGAAGACCAAAAAGAUCUGCACUGAUGUGCAGACUGCAGAAGCUUUGAUGGCCAGUGCCUGGGAAGCUACAGAGACCACUGGAGUGCCUCUGGAGCAAUUUGCUUUGGCAUUUGGCAAGAUGCAAAUCAGACUGAUUUUGCAUUUGCUUGGCAAGGAAAUGAAGGGCAGGGAGCAAGUCCAGUAUGACAGCAUGACAGACAUCAAGGACAAAUUUGAAGCCGAUAUGCUGCAAACUUCUCACAGUGGCAAAAAGGAUGCCAAACCAACAGCAGAGGCUGCAUCGGUGAAGUCCUUGGCUGAUGCUUCCAAUCCAAGGAGCAUAGCUCUUGACGUGCACCAGCACAUCAAGAUUGGCAAGCACUAUGUUGCUUGCAAGGAAAGCAUGUCCAAGGUUUGGCAGCUUGUGGAUGUAACAGAGAGCUCUGCCAUCUUGGUCCACAAGCCCUACUUCACUGGUGAAGAGCGCAAGGAAGUGAAGCUCUCUGAGUUGAAGACCUUGAAGGAAUGGUCUAAGCCAGUGCCAAUGCUUGUUGAUGAUUCAGUCAGGGCAUCAUUGCUUCCCAGUGCUUCAGCAACUUUGAAGUCUGAGCUGCUCAAGGCAAAGGCCCAAACUUCUCUGUAUGAGAAAUACUUUGAGCUUGGCGAUCCACAGGUGCUAGUCAGCACUAUGCAUGAGCUGUUUUCAGGAUGCAAGUACAGCAAGGGCAAGCUGGUAUUGCUUCCACUAGGUACCCUACAGCUGAUGCCUGUUGAGAAGAUUACAAAAAACCAGUGCACCAUCAAAAUUGCUCAUGUAAAGGACCAAGUCUUUGUUGCGCAACCUUGGCGGGUUGACUUUGUCAAGGAGAGUGGCAUGUUCAGCCCAUAUUGGCUGAUGAAGGAGGCUGCUGAGAUGGAUGAUGCAUGCAUGACCAAGCAAGUUUUGAAGAUUGAUGAGAUUCUUGUCACAGCCUAUGUGAACAAGAAGGUGGUUGAGAAAGGCACACCCUUGCUGAUGGAGUACAGGAAUGGCCCCAAGAUCACUGUGCCACCUGGUCUGCUUCAAGCUGACCCAGAUGGAAAGAGAUGGCUGAGAUUGAGGGCCAGCAAUGUCAACAUUGCUAGGCUUGUUUUGGGCCACCUGGAAGCUGCCAAGAAGGCUCCAAACCCUAGUCUGGCAGCAAGCCCUCAGCUGAAGAGCAUCCAGGACAAGAUCAAAGAAGCUGUUCUGACCAAGCAGGAGGAGGACAAUAUUGAAGAACAUGGAGCAAACCCAUUUGAUGAUGGUGCAGAAGGGACACAAUGUGUUGAACAAAGUGGCAAGACCUUGAGGCAAGCUUUGAAGAAGGCCCCAAGCACAGUGUCAAUCCAGCUUGGAAGCUCAUUAGUGGAGCUGAAGAGACCCCAUACUUGGAAAGAGAGUGACAUAGUGAUUCCUUUGGAAUCUUCUGCGUUGAAAGCAGUCCUUGAUUACAUAAUGCUGGAUGUGGAUGACUGCAUCAAGACUGAAAAGAAAAGGAGCUAUGUAAAGUCUGGUGCUUACUGCAAAAAGCAGAAGCUUGGCUCAGAAUCAGAAGAGUAA